CGGCCAUCAGAGGGGUGCCCACAGAGAUGCCUGAAGAAGGUCGCCUUUAAAUACGUUAUCAAAAUAACUUUUUCAACAACCGUCCCGAAGAAUGACCAGAACAAAAUUGAACCCGGUGACGUAGAUAAAAAUCUGUAGAAGCGCAAAGGCCUUUCACUUGGCACUGAUUUUUUUCAGGCGCAUCUGUGGCCCGGCCCGGGUUUACGGAAGAGCAACUAGUGGAAGUUGGAGAGUUGGAUGGAUGAGGAAGGGAUAGUCGCGAAUUCCUACUAUUUACACCGCAGACAUUAAAAAACAAGGAACGCCGUGCUGUGCUUCAGAGGGAUCAAGAUGCCCUUAUUCUCACAAAAUCCUUUCGACCAGGAUGUGGAGAAAGCUACAAAUGAACACAACACAGCAGAUGACUGGGGCCUUAUCAUGGACAUCUGCGACCGUGUCGGGACCACACCGAACGGAGCUAAAGAAUGUCUCAGAUCCAUCGUGAAGAGAAUCAACCACAAAGUGCCUCAUGUGGCCAUGCAGGCGCUAACUUUGCUGAGCGCUUGCGUCUCAAACAGUGGGAAAAUCUUUCACCUAGAAAUCUGUUCCCGGGAUUUUGCUAAUGAUGUCAGAGGCAUAUUGAGCAAGGCCCAUCCAAAAGUUUGUGAAAAGUUCAAGGCAUUACUGGUGGAGUGGGCCGAUGAGUUUCAGAAGGACCCCCAGCUCAGCCUCCUUGGGGCCACAAUCAAAUCUCUGAAGGAGGAGGGGGUGACAUUUACUUCCUCGGGCUCCCAGGUACUUGCUUUCGCCUUCCCAGCAUGCAGCUGGCCUCUGAGAACAAGGCUGUCUGCAGAUUAACAUGCCUGUUUGUUUUCAGCCAUUGAGCUGUCCCUGCAGGAACAGCGUCAGCAGCAGACAGAGACCCGUCCGUUGACGGUUGUUGCUGACCCUCCGUUUAACAACAACAGGGAGUCCCGAAAGGUUCGGGCUCUGUAUGACUUUGAGGCUGCAGAAGACAAUGAACUGACAUUUAAAGCAGGAGAGCUCAUCAUUGUUCAGGAUGACAGCGAUCCGAACUGGUGGAAGGGAGAGAAUCACAGAGGGGUCGGGCUGUUUCCGUCAAAUUUUGUAACGACCAACCUCAAUGCUGAUCCUGAACCAGCUGCUUUUGUGGAGAAAACGGCUUUGCCUGAGGACACAAGCUUAGAAUCUAAGAUGGAGCCUGAGCCUGUCUUCAUAGAUGAGGAGAAGAUGGACAGGACAUUGCACUUGCUUCGGAACACAGACCCUGCAGACUCGGAGCCAGAUUCUUCAGAAUUAUUACAUUUAGAAGAGGUUUGUCGGCAGAUGAACCCGAUGAUUGAUGAAAAAUUAGAAGAAAUUGACAGGAAACACUCUGAGCUGUCGGAAUUAAAUGUCAAAGUUCUUGAAGCCUUAGAACUCUACAACAAGCUCAUGAAUGAGGCUCCGAUGUACUCUGUCUAUUCCAAGAUGCAGCCCCAGGCACAUUUCCCACAGACGUCAGCUGGUGUCCCAGUGCAGGCUUACCCAGGUCAGCCGCAAAGUGGGGCCUACAUGGCCUCAGGUGUUCCUGGGCAAGGCUACAGCCUGGGACCUGACCAGGCUGGACCACUGAGGUCUCUCCCUCCUGCUGUCAGUGCCCCAGUGACCAGCCAGCCAGGGCAGGCUCCAUACCUGAGUGCUGGAGUCAAUGCAGGCUACAUGAACCAGUCCUCUGGAGGCCCCGCCCCUUACCCACACCAAGUGGGUGUGGCUAUGGACAUGUCUGCCUAUCAGAACACUAGUAUGGCUCAAGCAUCAGCCUAUCCCUUGGCAGCUCCUUCUCACCCUGGCCCCCAGCAGCAAGCAAACUAUUACCAGCAACCUCUCCUUUAAGCUAGAGUACUACAAUUGAUGUUGAUACGUAUCCUUGAAACCAAUUUAAACAUACAAUAAAAGCGUUAUCUAGCAUGGGUUUUAUCAUGGCGUUGACACAGUCCUUCUGUCCUGGGCGGAUGUGAACGAUAUUGACGAAGGGCGGGAAGAAUGGUUGACUCAGACACGAACUGCAGAUACAAAAAAAGCCUAUUAAAAAUAACGAAUCCCAUUUAAUUUUAAAUGUUUUAAUUAAAAGUGUGUUAAUUUAAUGUCUUUUUUCAUUUGCUAUAUUAUCUUCAUUGAAACAGUUUCAUCUUCCCAGUUAGAAUGACAGUUUACAGUGAUAUAAUGCUACAGUGGUAGGUAAGUAACACAUACAGAUCAGUUUUCUCCAAUACAUUGACAGCUUUGCAUAAAGGUGCCAAUGUAAUAUUUUAGGAUUUUUUUAUUUUAGCGAGGUGUAAUGCAGGGGCAAAGUUGUUUAUUUAAACUUUAUGCACCACUUUGUGAUGUUGGUCAAUAAAAUGUCAUUGCUGCACUGUGAAAAUAAGGAUUGUCCGUUUUAAAAUCCAACUUUGCUUUCUACAUGCCCAGCUUUUGGUCAUGUUUCAGUGACUUAAAUUGCUACCUUUUCCCAUUUUGAGGUUUUCACAUUUCAACGAGUCUUGUGAUGGGGAAGGAUAACAGAAUACAUUUAUGAUUUUACAUUUUCUUGGUGAUCUACAUUCUUUAGUUGUAUACUGAUUUCCAUAAGAAGUAUUUAAAUGUUAGAGUAACAGCGCUCCAUGAUUUGACUUAUCAUACAUUCCACAAUGACAGAUCACCAAACCGAUCCGAGAUUUCGGUGUAUAUUAUGAAAAUAUUUUUAAUCUAGUUAUAAUAAUUUGAAUCUAGCUGUGUGGGUGUAACACACUGUUUAUACUUCUUUCCAAAUGUAAACUUAUUAACUUAAGUAAUCAUGUUCUUCAGUUGUUUGUUUUACUCUAUGUGUUUUAAGCCUGUCCUAAAAUGUAAUCCUUUAAGAAAGCAUUUUUUGCUUUUUAUUGGCUUAAUCCAAAAGCUGUGAAAAGCAAGAUGUUGUAGCUUGUGAGAAUGAAGCAAUGUAGGUUUUUAGUUCUAUUUAGGAAGUUGAAGACCUUUUCUAGUUUUCUUAAAGGUCAUUUUGAAAGUUGAAAUGUGAUUAGUACUGCCUAAUAAUUGGUUAACCAUCCUGUUCUGCAUUGUGCACUUCUGGACAGGUGAUAUUCACUCGUUUUUCUCAGCUCUGUCCUCACCAGGUGACUUGGUGGUUUGUGAGAAUGAUGUGUUCUUUUUGUCUUCCUACUUCAGGAUUUGUUUUCUGAGGAAUACAUGCGCAUAACAUUCUCAGACCUAUAAUCUAUGUGUGCAUUAAAAGACUGGAAGUUGGACAAUGAUUUUAACACAUCUAUAACCUGUACUUUUGAAUUACACAGAUUGAAAUUCAGCAUGCAAAAUAUGAUUUUUUUCUGCACCAUCAGGUUGAAGUAUUUAGACUUCUAAUUGAAUAUUUGUAAUUUCUGUAUUUUUGCUGUCUUCUUUUUGAAAAUGUUAAUUAGAUAUUUCUUUCCUGUUUUCACAUGGGGGGGACAAAACUUAACUUUUUCCUUUUGCCUUCUGACAUCUUAUCCAAAAUAAGUCUUGUGUAAAACAGCUUAAUAUAGACACAGACCAAAAGUUAGUGUGUAAGGUAUUUUUUUAAAUUUAAAAGUGAAUGUAAAUGAGAUAAAAAUAGCUAGAUAUUCAAUUUGCAUAAAUAAAACCAGCUUGAUUUUUUUAGUGAGUCUAAAAAAAUCAAAGCAAAGAUCAGUUUAUGUUUAUUGUUGAUUCUUUUCUAGCUGAUUGUUAUAAUCCCUGAGAAAACUCUGUACACUGUUUCUUUACCUGACACAUGAAGUCUUGUACACUAGAUGUAAAAUAUUCUCCAUUGUUUUUAUUGCACCUUAACUUUAUAAACAUUUUCUUUGCCA